CAUUCAACCUCUCAGUCCCGCCGCGUUCGCAGCGAGGCUUGCUGCUGGCGUUGCUCGCGUUGCGAACCCUGCCGGCUUGUUCGCGUCACUGGAAAAGACGAAACUGAGUCUCGUCCGUGUUGAGUUUGUGUGUCUCGUGCAUGGAAGAUGGAGGAUAAUUUGUGCAAAAGGUGAAGUGAAGUGCAAAAGUGGGUGCUGCACGGCACCAUCGGAAUCGUUGGUGCAUAAAGGAUAAAGGAUAUAUUUUCGAUUCCCUACAAAUGGAAAACAGAGUAUGACCGCUUGCGGCGGGACCAGGCUCCGGCCGGACCCCGGAGCAGGGAGAGGGCGAGCGGGCCGAGCGGGGCCCCCGUUGGGGCAGGGGCCCCCGUUGGGGCAGGGCCACGGCCAGGGCCUCGGCCAGGGCCUCGCCUCCAUCUGGUCCUGGCUCCUGGGCGGCGCCGGAUCCAAGAGCUGCAGCCUGCGCGGCAAGAGGGCACUGGUGUCGGGCUGUGGGGACGGCCUGGGCCGCGAGCUGAGCCUGCAGCUGGUGGGGCUGGGCUGCCGGGUGAUCUGCAUCGACCAGAACGCGGUGCAGGUCCAGGAGACGCUGGGGCUGGUGCAGUUGCAGCAGCUCGAGACCGAGGCGUCGCGCGACCACGGCGAUGACGACGACGGUGACCACCUUCACGGCCAGGGCCGUCUGGGAGACUCCCUGCCGGCCAGGGGCUUCGCGUGCGACUGGCGGAACCCCGGCGAGGCGCUGGGCCUGUCCAGGACCGUCACGACCGUCGAGGGUGGCGUGGACCUCAUCUUCGUGGUGCCCGAGAGCAACAACAACAACCCCAGCGCGGUGGACGCCACGGGCAAGAUCGUGGGCAACGAGUUCUGGCCGCUGCUGGGCUUCCUGCCCGGGAUGCUGGCCAGGACCAGGGGCCACGUGGUGCACGUCCUGGACGAGCAGAUCGCGCACAAGAGCGGGAUGGUCGCCGACGCGUGGAUCGAGAGCCUUCACGAGAUCGGGGCCGCGGUGCGCUACACCAAAGUCCACCUGCACUCCGACCAGGCCAGGCAUCGGCCCUGCCGGGUGCAGGACGCCGCCAGGGCCAUCCUCGCCGCCGUCAAGCAGGGCUCUACGGAGGUGCACAUCGCGUACCCGGUCUGCUGAGGCGUGUGUACAGUGUAACUGAGUGAAAAGACCCACGAAUUGGACGUUUGCAAGAUGAACGAAGGCAGCGCGUCGUACGGACAGACUCGCGGGCUACCCGGCGUGCAGCCGAGCACCAUGCCGAGCACCGCCGCUGUGCAGCAACAGGGCAUUUUUCACCUGGGCCGGGAAGGCGGCAGGGCAGGCCGAGCGUGGCCGAGCGGAGAAAUGGUUUCCACUUCCAUCGCUUCCUGGCUCGCCUCCGACCACACGGCAAAUCUUCCUCAAACAAUGUUACGCGGCCCCGAUGCCGCCUCCGGCCCGGACAGGAUGAAGCACCAGUGCAGUCCAGUGCAUCCUGCCAUCCUGAGUCAGGUCAGACUGCGCCCCACAGUGGGACGGAAGGCCGGUGGAGGCAGUCGAACUCUCGGACGCGUUUUGAGCUCCAGAGUCGCUAAGUGGGUUCUCGAACCGCACGAGUGACCAUCGCCAAUGAAUUGAUCUCCGAGCGAGGAAUCUAUCGGUGGGUCACGCGCUUGUUUGGAGUCGUGUUCAGCGACUCUGGAGCUCAAAACUCGUCUAGAGUUUUGGCGGCCGGCGCUGGUCUUCUGGCCCACUGUGCAACCCAGCGCACUCCAGCCUUUGACUGUACCAGAGUGCUAGGAGCAAUUGUAGUCUUAAUAAGCAUAUAUGUCUACGUCUAUGUCCAUCAGUCAUAAAUUUACGAUAAUUUUAAGUCUUAUUAAUUUUUUGUUGAGAAACGACUUGAGGUUUGUCCAAAAAAAAAACGGCCGCUCUCAGAGAAGACUGAAAAAAAGAGUGUUUACAAAAUCAUUGUUUCAGAUUUAUUUGACUAUUUUUACACAGUGUUUCUUAUCAUACUAACAUAUGUAAAUGGUAUAAAAUAAAUGAAUGAUGAAAAUCCUA